AGAAAGCAGAGCGGGUGGGAUAAGGGCAGUCCUCUCAGGAAUUAAAAACUACUCGGCGACGUAUAGACUGAAGUUAUGACUUUAAUAUGGCAGAUAAGGGACCUUUUUUAACUUCGUGUAUCAUUUUCUACUUGUCCAUCGGGGCCGCAAUAUUUCAAAUUCUCGAAGAGCCAAACUGGAAAACAGCCAGAGACGAGUAUAUCGAACAAAAGAAAGUAAUUUUGAAGAAAUAUGCCUGCUUAACAGAGGAAAGUCUGGAUGAGAUUUUGGAGAUAGUGUCAGAUGCUGCAGGCCAAGGUGUGACCAUCACUGGGGACAAACAGCGGAACACGUGGGACUGGGCCAACUCUGUCAUCUUUGCUGCCACCAUUGUCACAACCAUAGGUUAUGGUAAUGUUGCUCCUAAGACUCAAGGUGGUCGUGUGUUCUGCAUCCUGUAUGGUCUGUGUGGGAUCCCCCUGUGUCUAGUAUGGAUAAGUCAGCUGGGUUCAUUCUUUGGAGACCGGGCCAAACGUCUGUCCCAGGUUUUGAUCCGAAAAGGUGUUUCAGUGAAAAAAGUCCAAUUUACCUGCACAGCCUUAUUCCUGUUAUGGGGGCUGGUCGUGCACCUGGUGAUCCCUCCAUUUGUUUUCAUGUCUUUGGAAGGAUGGAGCUACCUAGAGGGCCUCUACUUCUCUUUUAUCACACUCACAACAGUUGGUUUUGGAGAUUAUGUGGCAGGUGUAAAUCCAAACAUAGAAUAUCCCAGGCUGUACAGAGUGUUUGCUGAGUUAUGGAUCUACAUGGGCCUGGCCUGGCUGUCUCUAUUCUUCAGCUGGAAUGUCCACAUGGUAGUGAAAGCUCACAAAGUGUUUAAGAAAAGAAGGCACAGGCACAGACACUACUAUAAUGAGGAACCAGAGCCUGUAGAGGAGAAGCACAAUCCAGAAGUAAGGCGCUCUGUUAUUGACAUCUUUAACUUCUUAUCAGAGGAGGAAGAAGACUAUAGCACUGUCAUCAAGGCAAUUGGAAACAAGGAAAAACAAAGACUGCCUGCAAAUAACAUAAAUCGCUCUAAGAGCUGCAGCGACAUCCUGGCCAACAACAUCCAGACCCUGGAUCAUUCGCCACGUCACAGACGCAUGCUGAGCAUCAGUGAAGUGUUCAUAAAUGCUAUCACUGAUGUGGACAAAGGCAAACACGAGGUGCGUCCUUUAAUACAAGGUGACAACAGAGAUACUGAACCUGUACAAAGUGUGAGUGCAGAUAAAGAGGGGGACAGUUUUGAAUUAGAAAGUGAUGGCCUCGUCUUCACUGUACCCUCCAAAAAUACUAUGGAAGAGGAAAUUGUUCACCAUCCUGAUGGUGGAGGGACUAGGUUUACAAUAGCCAAGGUAAUAGAGGAAAAUGGGUUGAUGGACAAAGAUGAAAAAGGAUAAAAUAUAUUUUCUCAAAGAUCGUAUACCUUUACCAACAUUGUAAAAUCAGUUGGUCUGAGUUGUGUGAAAGACCAAAAUAUGACACAAUUAAAAAUACUGUCCUGUAUCAAGAAAACAAACUGCAUUUUGUGAAUAUUAUACUAAAUAAAUGACUUACGGUUUCCACCUUCACAAUGAGCCAGUGUUUGUAAAAUAAAACAUUUCUUUCUUUUGCA